CAUGGCGACAACAGCUCAGUAUAUUCCGAGGAAUAACUCCUUACCGUCUAACCCGCUCAUGCAUCCGGAUUCGGAUAGGAUGCAUCAGGGGACGACUUACAGAGAGGUGCAGAAAAUGAUGCACCACGAGUACUUGCAAGGGCUCGCGGCUACCAACACGGGACACCCGAUGAGCCUGACGCACCACCAGUGGCUGCCCACCUCCAACACCGACUGGUCCAGCGGCACCCACAUCGGACAGCAGGAGCACAAAGCCAGCGUGCAGGCGACUCGGGAGGACCUGAGCAGCGGCUUCCAUCACAGAUCUCACCUGGUGCACCAGCAGACGCAGAGUAGCCACCAUGGCUCUUGGGCGCCUACCACGACGCACCACUUAUCCUCGCUGUCCCCAGCAUCCAACGGCCACCAGCCACUGGUCUAUUCGCAGCCUGGAUACACAAACCUCAACGCAAUGCUGAGUCCCCAGCCCGGCUCCCUGCACCAUGGCAUGCGGGACCCGCUCCACGACGAUUCGGGCAGCCACGACAACCAGAUGGAGUCGCCCCAGCAGGCGUUCAGCCACCACCAGGAUCACUCGGACGAGGACGCGCCCAGCUCCGACGACCUGGAGCAGUUCGCCAAGCAGUUCAAGCAGCGGCGGAUCAAACUGGGCUUUACGCAGGCGGACGUGGGCUUGGCCUUAGGCACUCUGUAUGGAAACGUCUUUUCUCAGACCACAAUCUGCAGGUUUGAGGCGCUGCAGCUCAGCUUCAAGAACAUGUGCAAACUUAAGCCGCUCCUAAACAAGUGGCUGGAGGAGACAGACUCAAACACGGGCAGUCCCACCAAUUUGGACAAGAUUGCUGCGCAGGGCAGGAAACGAAAGAAGAGGACCUCCAUUGAAGUGGGGGUGAAAGGGGCGCUGGAAAAUCAUUUCUUAAAAUGCCCAAAGCCGUCUGCUCAUGAAAUCAGCAGUUUAGCCAACACUCUGCAGUUGGAAAAAGAGGUUGUCCGUGUUUGGUUUUGCAACAGAAGACAAAAAGAAAAGAGAAUGACACCAAUUGGGGUCCCUCAUCCGAAUAUGGAGGACGUAUAUUCCCAAGCAGAGACCCCUCCUCUACACCGCACACUACAGAGUCCUGUACAGUGACUGUUUUCAUGAACAAUCCGAGCAUUUCCGCGGGGGGAUAGAAAAGGGAAAGGGACUAUGGAGUUUACAGUAUUUAAGUUUGGCUUUUGUUUUCCUGAGAGAAAAGAGACAUGGAAAAGUUGAACAGAUGAGUUUUGCCCUUAGUAUUCGGAGAUCGUCAUGUCCAACAAAUAGAUGGCAAGAGUGAACAUGUUAAGAAAAAAAAAAAAAUCAAGACAAAAAAAAGACAAAAAAAAAAAAUUCGCUAUUACUGAUUCCGUGCGCAUUUAAAGUGAAACAAAGAUCUUUAUUUACCAAAAUUAUAUGGAGGAGAAGGCAUAUAAAGUUAAUUUGUUAUGCCAUGGCUGUUUCAAAUGGGGAGUAAUUAAAUGUGGCAACUGAGGCCAUCUGUACCAUGAACUGUUGGCGCUCACCAGAAUGAGCUGGUUGCCUGAAAAAUGAUCAACACUGGAGAUGAAUAGCCUACACCGAAUGGACAUUUUUUGCUUUUGCAGACUUAAACUGAUUAACCAGAUUUCUGAAUAUUAGUGUAUACUUUCUUUGUUAUAUUGAGUGUGAUGUUUUGGUUUGGAAAUACUUUAACUUCAGUGUCUCUCUUUCUGCAGACUUGUCUAUGAUUUCUCUCAUUAUUUGCUAUAGGUACUGUAACUCAUCAGAGCAGCCUCUAAUGUUUCUGUUUACUCAGUGGGAGUUGAUGGUGGAAAAGUGAUGGAAAAUAUGGCACCCAUGAAAACACUCAUAAUUAAGGUCAAACACGUUUCAGAAAAACGUCCAGUGCAACAGGACGUUCAAGUUCUGACUGCAUGCCUUAAAAAAAAAAUUUAAGCUUUGCAGCUGACUUCGUCGAAAUUUGCAAACAGCACCAGACGCUAAAAGGAGGUAAUUCUAAAAACACAUUUUAUUUUAUUUAGGGGGUGGGGUUUGAUUGUUUUCAAAUUAUUGUUUUCUUUGCAUGGAGCACUUAUUCUUUCGUUGGAAAUUAUUAUUGCAAUUUUAGAUUUGUUAAUACAAUUGUGAGUGGAGCUGACCUCCACAGGCUUAAACAUAAUAUAAAUCCCAUGUUUACAGGUUCCUGGUUAUCACCACAGAGCGCUGUCAGCUCACACUGCUCACUGCCUGUUAAUCCUGUUGUAUUCCAAACAUUUCAAGAGAGAUUGGUCAAAUACGAAAUGAAAAGUAAUAAUAACUCAGGUAACUUCAGUGCCCCAUGUCGGAAUAUCACGCCUGUACAUGAUUUUUUUUUUUUGUUCCUCUGUGUUUUUAGAUGUUUCAAUCUGGUUACAACCACACCGUGUUUCCUUUGUCCCAUAAAUCCACUGUAUUAUAUUAAAACGCUGGAUUCGGAGAAAAGAAAAUAAUCAUACCUUAAAGAGAAGCGAUGAAGGGAGGGACUUAACUUUAGAUAGCCUAUAUUUAUUUUUUUCUGACCUGAUAGGAAAUCUGAAAAUGUCAUGCGUUGUGUGUCAUUUCUCAAUGUUUGACCAGUCAAAAAGCUUACAGCAGUGCUAUCCAAUACAGAUGAGGGGAAACAUUUUUUUUUUCAAGAAAAAAGAAUAAUAGUGGAAAAAAAGAUUUUAGAGAAAACGUUGCCAGGAUUAUUUCCAAUAUGUAAAUAUGUCCAAUAUGUAAACUUGUAUUUGUCCUGAGAUAUUGUUUUGUUUUUGUUUCUUUCCGGGCAGUUUUGUACACUUACUAAUUCCAAGAAGAUAUUUUAAUAUGAUUUCAUUUAUG